AUGGAGCCCGGGCCGCGGCGGCGGCGCGGUUGCCGCCCGCUGGUCUCCGUGUUCCUGCGCGACCCGGGCUCGGGGCGCGUCUACAGGCGCGGGAAGCUGAUCGGCAAGGGCGCCUUCAGCCGCUGCUACAAGCUGACUGACUUGUCCACCAGCGCUGUGUUCGCCCUCAAGGUGGUGCCUCGGGCCGGGGGCGGGGCCGGGCAUCUGCGCACCGGUGGGAAGGUGGAACGCGAGAUCGCCCUGCACAGCCGCCUGCGACACCACAACAUCGUGGCCUUCCACGGACACUUCGCUGACCGGGACCACGUGUACAUGGUGUUAGAGUACUGCAGCCGCCAGUCCCUGGCCCACGUGCUGGAGGCGCGGCGGACGCUGACGGAGCCCGAGGUACGCUACUACCUGCGGGGCCUGGUCAGCGGCCUGCGCUACCUGCACCAGCGGCGCAUCGUGCACCGGGACCUGAAACUCAGUAACUUCUUCCUGAGCAAGAACAUGGAGGUGAAGAUCGGAGACCUGGGGCUGGCCGCCAGGGUAGGGCCUGGGGGCCACUGCCACAGAGUGCUCUGCGGGACCCCAAACUUCCUGGCCCCAGAAGUCGUCUCCAGGAACGGGCACUCUUGCCAGUCGGACAUCUGGGCUCUGGGCUGCGUCAUGUACCUGGUGCUGACUGGCGCCCCUCCCUUCGUGGCUGCGCCCCUGGCGGAGAUGUACCAGAACAUCCGCGACGGCCGCUACCCCGAGCCCGCCCACCUGUCACCCAACGCACGCCGCCUCAUCGCCUGCCUGCUGGCGCCCAACCCUGCCGAGCGGCCCAGCCUGGACCUCCUCCUGCAGGAUGACUUCUUUACGCAGGGUUUCACUCCGGACUGGCUGCCAGCCCACUCCUGCCACAGCCCGCCCGUCUUCGCCAUCCCCCAGGCCCUGGGCAGGCUUUUCCGGAAGGUGAGCCGGCUGCUGCUGGCUCAGUGCCGGCCGCCCUGCCCCUUCACUCCUAACGAGGCCUCGGGUCCCGGAGAAGAUGGUCCCCAGCCUGACCCCGUGGAGUGGGCCAGUGAGGCCUCCCUGUUCGAGAGGGGGUCUCCCCGCCCCGAGGUCCCCAUCCACCUGCUCUCCCAGGGGACACUCACGAGUGACCCAGCGGGGCCCCAGGGGAGCCCGAGGCAGGACGUGGAGGCGGCCAUCAGAAGACUGCAGCUCUGCCUGGACCCCGGCCCCCCAGCCACGCAGGAUCUCCCCAGGAAAGCAGUGCCCCCCCCCCGGGCCCCCAAGGGGGUGGAUUAUUCCAGCAAGUACAGCUUUGGCUACCAGCUGUCGGAUGGGGGUAGUGGUGUCCUGUUUUGGGAUGGCACCCACAUGGCCCCGUGCCCCCCGGGGGGCCAAGUCUGCUACGUGCGGGACCGUGGGAAGCUGGAAACCUACGCCCUGAGGGACGUGCCCGGCCUGCUGGGCGCCAAGCUGGCCGUCCUGAGGCUCUUGGUCUGCUACACAGAGCAGCGGCUGUGGGAGAAGGGGGACCUGCCCACGCCCGGCCGGCCCCGGCCUCUGCUGAGCGUCCGAGCGGGCUCUGCUCCUGCUCACCUGCAGGUCACCUGCAGUGGCGACCAGGCUCAACUGAUGCUGAGCAGUGGGGGUGAGGAGUUGCUGCUCACAGUCUGGGAACGGGGCAAGCCUGGCACCUCCUACCCACUGGGCAUCCUGCGGACACACGGCUGUGCCCUGACUGCCCGCCAGCACCUGCACCACACUCUCUGCAUGCUGCAGAGCAUCUAGCACCUCCAAGGGUCAGAGUGGACCUCUGCAUGA